AUGCAUUCAACUUUUCUCUCAUCUCCAUUUCUUUUCUUCCUGCAGCAUUCAUCUUUUCAUUUUCUUUCUCCAUUUCCUUCUCACCUAAUUCUGCAGCAUUCAUCUUUCUUUUCUCAUCUCCAUUUCUCAUGUAACCACCUAAUUUGCUCUGCACACAUUCAUUCACUUUUUCUCUCAUCUCCAUUUCUCAUCAUUCAUUCCCUUUUUCUCAUCUCCAUUUCUCAUAACCACCUUUUCAUUUUUAUUCAUUCCACUUUUCUCUCUCUCAUUUUUCCUAGUAAUUCCACUUUUCUCUCAUCUCCAUUUUUCUUUGUAACCACCAUUUCCCCUUUUUCUCAUCUCCAUUUUUCUCUUGCAGCAUUCUCUUUCCCUUUUCUCCACCAUCACCAUUCCAUUCAUUUUUUUCUCUCAUCUCCAUUUCUCAUGUCUAACCACCUAAUUGCUCUGCAGCAUUCAUCUUUCCACUUUUUCUCUCAUCUCCAUUUCUCAUGUAACCCUAUUUUUUGCUCUCCAUUUCUCAUUCAUCUUUUUCAUUUUUUCUCAUCUCCAUUUCUCUCAUCUCCACCUCAUCUCCAUUGCACCUGCAGCAUUUUUCUUUUCUCUCAUCUCCAUUUCUUUUUUUCAUUUCAUCCCAACCACUUUUUCUCUCAUCUCCAUUUCUUUCUCUCAUUCAUUUCCUUUUUCUCUCAUCUCCAUUUCUCUCAUUGCACUGCAUUCAUCUUCCCUUUCUCUCAUCUCCAUUUCUCAUCAUUCAUCUUUCCACUUUUUCUCUCAUCUCAUUUUCUUAACCACCUAAUUCAUUCAUCACUUUCCAUUUUUUUGUUGGCAUUCAUUUUUCUCUCUCCAUUUCUCAGUAAUUCAUUGUCUUUUCAUUCAUCAUCACUUUUUCUCUCAUCUCCAUUUCUCAUCAUUUCAUCUCCCUUUUCUCUCAUCUCCAUUUCUCCUUUUCACCUUUUAUUUAUUCAUUUCAUUCUCAUGCCAAUUCAGUGCUUCUUCAUCUUUUCUUUCUCUCAUCUCCUUUUCUCUUUUAACCACCUAAUUGCACCAGCAUUAUUCCACUUUUCUUCUCUCAUUUCUCACUGUAACCACCUUUUCUGGCAUUUCAUCUUUUCCUUUUUUUCAUCUCCAUUUCUCUCUAACCACCUAAUUUCAGUAUUCAUUAUCUUUUCUUCCCCAUCUCUUUUUCUUUUGCAUUUCUCUCACAUUCAUCUUUCACUUUUCUUUUCUCCAUUUCUCACUUUUCCUUUGCACUGCACUUUGUUCCUUUUCUCUCUCUCCAUUUCUUCAGUGAUUCAUUCAUCUUUCUUCUCCCAUCAUCCUUUUUCCUUUGGUGGCACCUUUUCUCUGCAACAUUCAUUCCUUUUCUCUCAUCUCAUUUCUCAUUCAUUGCUCUCCCUUUUCUACUUUUUAUUUAUUCAUCUUUUCUCACAUUUCUCAUCAUUCAUCAUUCACUUUUCUCUCAUCCCCAUUUCUCAUUUUUUCAUUUUGUUGCAUUCAUUCCACUUUCUCUCAUCUUCAUAUUCUGUUACUGCAGCAUUUUUCUUCCCUUUCUCUUUUCAUUUUUGUUGGCACUUUUCUCUCAUCUCCAGUGUAACCCACCUAACUAUCUUUUCUUUCCCUUUUUCUCUUUCCCCAUUUUUUUGUAACCACCUAAUUGCACAUUCAGUGAUUCAUCUUUAUCUUUUCUCCUCAUCUCCCUUUUCAUUUUAUUUGGCCUACUACUCAGCAUUCAGUCUUUCACUUUUCUCUUUUCAUUCUCAUCACCUUUUUUCAUUUUUUUUGAUUCAUCUUUCUUUUCUUCUCAUCAUCAUACCCAACCACCUAAUUUCAGCAUUCAUUUUUUCUGGGCUCCAUUUCUCUACAUUCCACCUAAUUGCACUGCCUCUUCAUCUUUCCCCUUCAUCACUUUUUCCUUUUUAUUUAACCACCCCUAUUGCUGCAGCAUUCAUUCCUUUUCUCUCAUCUCCACUAAUUGCACUGCAGCAUUCAUCUUUUUUUCUCUCAUCUCCAUUUCUCCAUUUAACCACUAAUUUCUCUCACAUUCAUCUUUCUGUCUUUUCUUCAUCUCCAUUUCCCCUUUUAACUUUUUACACUGCAGCAUUCAUUACUUUUUCUCUCAUCUCCAUUUUCAACAUUAACCAUCUUUUCUUCAUUCAUCUUUCACUUUUCUCUCAUCUCCACAUUUCUGUCAUUCAUCUUUCCACUUUUUCUCUCAUCAUUUCUCACUUUUUCUGCAGCAUUCAUUUUCUUUCUCAUUUCUCCAUUUUCACAUUCAGUGAUUUCUCAUCUUUCUUCCCCAUCAUCCAUUCAUCUUUUUUUUUUCUCAUCUCCAUUUCUCAUGCAACCACCUCAGUGAUUCACUUUACUUUUCUCUCAUCUCAUUUCCUCAUCAUCCCCACUUUUUGCAUUUUUCAUUUCACUUUUCUCUCAUUCAUCUUUCACUUUUCUCUUUUCAUUUUCUCAUGUUUUUGUUGGCACUUUCUCUCAUACAUUUUCUCAUACUUAACCAUUAUUUUUCUGCAGCAUUCACUUUUUCUCUUUUUCUUGGCACCAUUUCUCCCUUUUUCAUUCGUCUCCACAUUUCUCAUGCUUCUUUUCUUCCCUCUGCAGCUUUUUCAUUUUUUCUCAUCAAUUUCCUCUCACAUUCAGUCAUUCACUUUUUUCUUUUCCAUUUCUCAUGUAACCACCACUUUUGCUUUUUCUAGGCAUUCAUCUUUCCACUUUUUCAGUGAUUCCAUUUCUUUCUUCCACCUCAUCGCUUUUCCAUUUUUUGGCACUUUUUCUCUCAUCUCCAUUUCUCAUGUAACCACCCCUAAUUGCGCAUUCAUUCCUUUUCUCUCAUCUCAUUUCUCAUGCCAACCACCUAAUUUGCUCUGCAGCAUUCAUCUUUCCACUUUCUCCUCCUCUCAUUUCUCUGUCAUUCAUUCCAUUCAUCAUUUCUCUUUUCUCAUUCAUCUUUCCUUUUUCUCAUCUCCAUUUCUCACACCUAAUUACUGCAUUCUCUUUCCUUUUCCUCUCAUUCCAUUUCUUCCACCUUUGCUCUCAUCAUCUUCCUUUUCUCUCAUCUUUCUCAUACUUAACCACCUAAUUGCACUGCAGCAUUCAUCUUUCCUUUUUCUCUCAUCUCCAUUUCUCAUAAUCAAAACCACCCAAUUGCACUGCAGCAUAUCUUUCCACUUUUCUCUUAUUCAUGAAUGUAAUUCGACUGCAGCAUUCAUCUUUCAGAAGAGUUUUUCUCUCAUCUCCAUUUCUCAUUAUCUGCAGCAUUCAUCUUUCACUUUUUCUCUCAUUCUCUCCACAUUUCAUCUUCCUUUUCUCACCACCUAUUUUGCCCAACCACCAUUCAUUCAUUUCCACUUUUCUCUCUCAUCUCCAUUUCUCCCAUGUAACCACCUAAUUGCUCUGCCUUCAUCUUUCACUUUUCUCUCAUCUCCAUUUCGGCUUCAUCUAUUCAUUCCACUUUUCUCUCAUCUCCAUUUCUCAUGUAACCACCUAAUCCCAGAACAGCAUUCAUCUUUCCACUUUUCUCUCAUCUCCAUUUCUCAUGUAACCAUCUCCAAUUGCACUGAAUCUCCAUUUUCAUUCCAUUCAUUCUUUCUUCUCAUCUCCAUUUCUCAUGUGAACCACCUAAUUGCUCUGCAGCAUUCAUCUUUCCAGAAUUUACUUCUCAUCAUCCUUUUCUCAUCAUUCAUCUUUUCUUUUUCUCUCAUUUCCAUUUCUCAUGUAACCUUUAAUUGCUCUGCAGCAUUCAUCUUUCCACUUUUCUCUCAUCUCCAUUUCUCAUGUAACCACCUAAUUGCACUGCAGCAUUCAUCUUUCCUUUUUUUCUCUCAUCUCCAUUUUCAUGUAACCAAUGAAUCUGCCCCAUCAUCAUUCAUCUUUCCACUUUUCUCUCUCAUUUCAGACGAACCAUAUCUUUUCUUCUGCAUCAUUCAUCUUUCCAUUUUUUGUCUCAUCUCCAUUUCUCAUGUUAUCCACCUAAUUGCACUGCAGCAUUUUUCUUUCCACUUUUUCAUCAUCUCCAUUUCUUUUGUAACCACCUUUCUCUGCAGCAUUCAUCUUUUCCAUCUUUUUUCCCUCAUCUCCAUUUUCAUGUAA